AUGGCUACAGCAGGAGGUGGUGAUGCAGGUCAGCCACCUCAACCGCCAGGAGAUGAGGGUGGAGCGAGCCCUGGUGGAGCUUCGGCCGCAGCAGCGGCUGGGUCAGCGACUGCGCUGACUCCUGAACUUGUUCUUGGGCGGCUUGCCGAGGCGGUCGCGCAGUUGGCUUCAACGGCAGGGUCUUCUGGGAGUUCGGGAGGCCAAUGGAAGGAAAGCAAGUGGGUCAAGAACCCGGAGGCGUUUAAUGCUAAAAGCAUGGACGAAGAGGUUUCCUUAUGGCCGGAUUGGGCCUUCAGCUUCAAGAAUUUCAUGGCUGUUCAGGAUGAUGACUACAGGUCGGAUUUCUUAAAAGCUGAGACUGCUACCAUGUGGCUUUCGUUUGAGCAGUAUGAUCCGGCUUUGCGAGCACGCUCUUUGAGACUGUACUCGGUUCUUGCUUCGUACCUCAAGGGUCGUGCUUUGAAGAUCCUCAAGUCUGUGACCAAUGGAGAUGGGUUCAGGGCGCUUACAAAGUUUCCCCCUCUUCGAGAGGGGGGUUCAGUUUUGGAGUAUGCCCUUACGUUUGAAAAAUUGGUCUCUGAAUAUGAGCGGGGCAGUGGCCAAUCUUAUCCAGAUGAUCUCAAAAUCGGCACUCUUCUUGCUGGACUUCCUACCGAUGUGAAGCGUUACCUUCAGCUUCAAAUAGAUGACAGCACAACCUAUCAGAAGCUGCGCCAAACCCUUUUGCAGUUCGAGAGAACCUCUGCCACGUGGAGUACUGAGUAUGUCAUGAAAGCAAUAGGUCUCGACAAAACCGCCUACCCAGGAGAUCCUCAUGGUCCUUCUCCGAUGGACGUUGACCGGGUUGAGGACAAGCCCAAAGGCAAGGGGAAGGACUUCAAAGGAAAAGGGAAAGGUGACAAAGGUGGCAAGGGUUUCAAGGGUUUCUCGGUCUACAAGGGCUUCUACCAAGACGGCAAAGGCAAGGCUGGCAAAGGGUAUGCGCAGGGUGGCUUUGGAAAAGGUUACCAGGACAAGGGCAAGGGUCGCAAAGGCAAGUGGUCACACGACGGCGGCAAGCAGGGCAAGAAGGGUGGUUUUGUCAAGGGUCCUUGCUUUUCUUGUGGUCGUAUGGGUCACCGAGCAGCUGAGUGCAGAGAUCGUCGCGUAAAUCAAGUUGAAGAUGACAAUGCUUCGGUGAGUACAAGG